CAAAGCAUGAGAGGCAGCCGACCAAAGAGCAAGUGACAGCACAGACGGCCGGUUUAAAAGAUCUGGCCAUUUGUGUAUGGUCUUGUGUAAAAAAAGAGAGGUUUUUAAAGGGAAAACGAAGAAUGAAAUUUACCACCCUCUUUUUGUGUCUGAUAUUCUACCAGUUGCGGUUUUCAGAAACUGCCAGCGAAACAGCGGAUGGUGCUAAGGGGAAAACUAGAACUGUAUCAACUUUACUAAAUGCCAAAUGGAAUGCAACACCGAUAGCCUUGGAAAUUGCGGAAUUUUUGAAUGACGAGGAUCCGUCAUAUUUCUGGUCGUUUCUUGAAGAUCUGUCUCUGAAUACCAAUGAGUAUUAUGAAAAAACUGACAAGGGCAAAUAUGAAGUUCUUGUGGAUCUCUCACGAAAAUACCUGUCUGAGGCUCAAGUGUCCCUCAUGAAAUUUUCAUUAGGGUUGCAUGUUUAUUCUCCCAAACUUGAAAUGUUUCAGCAAAUUGCAAUGGUACAAGGCGUGCCUGAGCAAAAAUGUGAGGCAGUUGCCGAAAUCAAUGGUAAAUUGACAUGUGAUCCAAGUCUUAUUAAAGCAUUGCUGAAUGAAAAGCCAAAGAGUCCAGAAUUGUACAAGCUGGAUCACCAAUAUCCUGGUAAAAUGUCGAAGAAUAGACCAGUAGUCAUUCUUUAUGGUGAGAUAGGGUCCAAAAUAUUGACAGAGUUCCACCAUACACUCAAACCACUGUCAGUGUCAGGAGAAAUCAUAUACAUCAUGAGGCACUAUAUAAGUGACCGCAAAGGAACUAAAAUUAGGCUCUCUGGAUACGGUGUUGAACUUCAAAUAAAAUCAACCGAAUACAAGGCGCAAGACGAUACUAAAGUCACUGCAGAGCAAAGCGGAGCUCCAGGCGAUGAAGGAGCAAGCCAACAAGUUGAAGAUGAAGACGUCGAUAUUGAAGGCUUCCUAUUCAGUAAGCUGAAAGUACUCAAUCCAGACCUGGCCCCUAAACUGGACAAAUUAAAACAAGCGCUGCUAGACGAGUCCCAAGAACUGGCACCUCUUAAAGUAUGGCAACUACAAGAACUCAGUUUGCAAGCCGCUGAACGCAUCCUUAGUGCUGCUAAAGACGAAUCUCUCAAAAUUAUGGCACAACUAGCACAGAACUUUCCUCUAUUGGCACGUUCUUUAGUCCGUACCACUGUUCGACCAGCGCUAAAAGCGGAAAUUAAACGCAAUCAACAGAGGUUCGCCAAUGAUUUGAGUCUUCAACCAUCUGAAGCUGCGCUUUUUAUCAAUGGUCAACACUUUAGUGUUGACACGAUGGAUAUGUUCACGCUGUUUGAACAAUUGAGAGAAGAAGUCAAACUUGUAGAGGGACUACACAAAAUUGGUGUUCCAUCCCAAUACGUCAGUUCUUUGCUAUCUUUGGAUCUGAGCCCACCGUCGCGCCAAUACGCUGUUGACAUUCGAGACAGCGCCGUGUUAUUCGUGAAUGACAUAGAAAAGGAUCCGCAAUAUAAACGCUGGAGUCCCAACAUUCAAGAUCUAUUACGGCCUAGUUAUCCAGGAGCCCUGCGAAGUAUCCGACGAAACAUGUACAACCUGGUUCUGGUUGUGGAUCCUUUGCUUGAUGAAGCUCGUUCACUUAUUAAAUUGGCAGAAUCUUUUGUUGUUCACAAUGCCCCUCUACGUGUUGGCCUAGUUAUGGCCGUCAAUUCAGACCCGAAACUCUCGGGACGCGAUGAUCCAGGGGUAGCCAUUCUCAAUGCAUUUAACUACGUAGCUCAACGCACCCACGCUACGGACGGAUUGAGUUUUAUUACGGACUUAUUCGCCGUCGUAGACGAUAAAAGCAUCACAGUAGAUGACGUUGGGAAGUUAUUGAAGAAAAAGUUUAGCGCCGACUUGGAAGAGGUCCUUGGAGAAGACUCAGACUAUGACGUUGGCCGGCAAUUGACCAAAGAUUUCCUCCGCCGCACAGGAUUCAGAAAAUUGCCGCAAGUACUCCUGAACGGCGUUGCCCUUGACGAAAAUUCAUUAAAUGCCGAUGAAUUUGAAGAGGCUGUGCUAACAGAACUCAUGCGACAGACUUCCUCGCUGCAAAAGGCACUAUUCCGAGGUGAAAUGAAAGAGGACGAUAAUGUAAUUGAUUUCUUGAUGGGGCAGCCAAAUGUAAUGCCUCGCCUAAACGAUCGCGUCUUAUCAAUGUCGACCAAAUAUUUGGAUAUGACUGGUGUUGUGGAAAGUGGAAUCAGAGAUCUCAGUUCUUUGUCAUCUCAUCAGCUUAUUGCCGCCUUCACUGAUUCGAUAGCCUAUGUAUCGUCAAACACCAAAGCAUUGACGCCCAUUACUCUUUGGCUUGUGACGGAUGUCACUCAAUCGGCUGGCCGAGAGCUGGUUCAAAACGCUUUGGAAUAUGUGCAAAAUUCGAGGUUGAUCCGCCUCAGCUUGGUUCAUAACCUGCAGACGUUGUCGGAUCCUGCCAGCCACUAUAUCGAUACUAUCAAUGCUGCCUUGACGUCUAAUGACAUGAAAUUACUCAACAAACUGCUGAAAACUGAAAAUGCUGAAGCUUUCAUCAUGGGAACUAAAACCGCUUCUGAGUUUGGAGUGGAGCCAACGCAGAAAAGUUCUUUCGGUUUAAAAUUGCACGAGCUCGUUGCUGGGCGCGUUCUCGAAUUCCAACCUGGACAACGUGGUUUGAUUGCAAACGGGCGUGUUAUUGGACCAUUUGAUGACGAUGAGGAUUUUAGCUCUGAUGACGUAGCUUUGUUAGAAAAACAUACUAUGUCAACUUCCGGCGAAAAGAUUCUUCAGUUCACACAAGACCUUCCACAGCUUCACAGCAGUGACCUUAUGAUGAAAGUAGCAGGUCUGCUCAUGUCCAGCGCAUCCGGAACGACACCCAAGACUCGUCAUAACAUUGACGAGCGCGGAAGCGAGUUAAGUUUGCUCCAUUUCCCACCAAAAAUGAGCGAUUCCCCAUUCAUUGACAUCACUGCAGUCGUAGAUCCGCUUUCCCUCGGGGCUCAAAAAUUGGCUCCCUUGCUGCUUGUUUUACAAGAGGUGCUGAAUUGCCGCGUUAGGGUCUUCAUGAAUUGCGUAGAGAAAAACAGCGAAAUGCCGUUGAAAAGCUUCUAUCGUUUGGUGCUCGAACCAGACCUCAUGUUUGGGGCUGAUGAACGCCAGCUGGCUGGCCCUAUAGCUAAAUUCGGUAUCCUACCCGUCGGCGCUUUGCUUACUCAGGGUAUGCAGGUCCCUGAUAAUUGGUUGGUUGAAUCUGUUUGGAGCCCUUACGAUUUGGACAACAUUCGGCUGCGCGAUGUCGAAACUGAUGUACACAGCGAAUACGAGUUGGAACAUUUGAUCUUGGAGGGUCAUUGUUUCGAUUCCCAUUCAGGCUCACCUCCACGAGGCCUACAGCUAACGCUGGGCACACCUGUUGAUCCUUUGAUGGUCGAUACGAUUGUUAUGGCCAACUUAGGUUAUUUGCAGCUGAAGGCCAAUCCAGGCUCGUGGAUAUUGCGGCUUCGAGAAGGCCGCUCAAGCGAAAUCUACGAUAUCGUUUCUCACGAAGGAACUGACACACCAAGUUCCGGUGGCAGUGGGGACAUCCAUGUGCUAAUCAGCUCAUUUAAAUCCCACGUCCUUAAGUUAAAGGUGGCCAAGAAGUCGGGCAAACAACAAAUGGACUUGCUCUCGUCUGAUGAUGAAGAAAAUGGCGGUUUAUGGAACUCGAUCACUAGCACCUUUUCUUCCAAAUCGAAUGAUGAUGACGAAGAUAAGCUCAACAUCUUUUCUUUGGCGUCUGGACAUCUCUACGAGCGUUUCAUCCGCAUUAUGAUGCUUAGUGUAUUAAAGCACACCAAGACGCCCGUCAAGUUCUGGUUCCUCAAGCAAUACCUCUCACCAACCCUGAAAGAUUUCUUACCGCACAUGGCUGCCCAGUACGGAUUUGAAUAUGAGCUCGUUCAGUACAAAUGGCCUCGCUGGCUCCACCAACAGAAGGAAAAACAACGUAUCAUCUGGGGAUACAAAAUUCUUUUCCUCGACGUCCUCUUCCCACUUUCUGUCAAGAAAAUUAUUUUCGUCGAUGCUGAUCAGAUCGUCCGUGCUGAUUUGAAAGAAUUGAGAGAUCUUGAUUUGGGCGGAGCACCCUACGGUUAUACGCCGUUCUGUGAUAGCCGCCGCGAGAUGGACGGGUUCCGCUUUUGGAAAUCUGGCUACUGGAGAAACCAUCUGCAAGGACGCAAGUACCACAUUUCUGCCUUGUACGUCGUCGACCUGAAACGAUUCCGGAAAAUCGCUGCGGGAGACAGACUGAGAGGGCAGUACCAAGCGCUGAGUCAGGAUCCCAACAGUUUGUCCAAUCUGGAUCAAGAUCUACCCAACAACAUGAUCCACCAAGUGCCAAUCAAGUCCCUACCGCAAGAAUGGCUGUGGUGCGAGACUUGGUGCGACGACACGUCGAAGCGCAAGGCCAAGACAAUCGAUCUGUGCAAUAAUCCGCAGACGAAAGAGGCGAAAUUGGAUGCUGCCGUGCGCAUCGUAGCCGAAUGGAACGAUUACGACACGGAGAUCAAGAUGAUCCAAGAGGAACUCGCCCGCAAUCGGACGGAACAGCAGCGCCAACACGAUCCUUCCGAGUUCUAAAUGAAUAAAUUUCCUCUUAUUCAUACCCAGGGUUUCCCGAGUCAUGGAAAACAGUGACCCAUUGUCUGGCUUGUACAUGUGAGAAAUGUCAUGGCGCUAAUAAGACGAACUAACAAGGUU